AUGGAAAAUGCCAAGCCUAUUGAUACACCCAUAGCCACUGCUACUCGGCCAGGCAUGGAUGAACCUGGUUCUCCUGUCAAUGAAACCAUGUAUAGGGGUAUCAUUGGAUCCUUACUUAACCUAAUUACCAGCAGUCCAGACAUUGUCUUUAGUGUUGGAUUGUGUGCUAGGUUCCAAUCAUGCCCAAAGGAAUCUCAUUUGAAGGCUGCAAAAAGAAUUCUGAGCUAUCUCAAAGGGACCACGGACCUGGUCCUCUUCUAUCCUUUAGGAGAUAACUUUGACUUGGUUGGAUAUGAUAAUGUUGAUUAUGCUGGAUAUCUUGUGGAUAGAAAAAGCACAUCUGGAAUGACACAUUUUCUAGAGUCAUGCCUAAUCUCAUGGGCUACAAAGAAACAAAACUCAGUGGCUCUUUCUACUGCUGAAGCAGAAUAUGUUGUAGCUACCUCUUGUUGUGCUCAACUUUGCUGGAUCAAACAACAGCUUGAGGACUUUGGUGUGCUUACUGAUUGUGUGAUAAUACAAGUGCACUCAACAUGGCGAAAAAUCUAG